AAAGGGACGAGGGCGGCCGGAGCGCGGCACGUAACCGCCGCCAUGCAGAUCACGCUGAAGACUCUGCAGCAGCAAACCUUCCGCAUCGACAUCGACCCCGAGGAGACGGUGAAUGUUUUCUUCUGGCACACGGGAGCCCGCUGGAAAAUCCUCAGGGAAAUGCAGCAUUCUGAGAUGAGAAGGGCCUUAAUAAAAUCCUGGGAAGUAAAUUCAAGGAGAGGACCGAAGGAAUGUUACCAGUCAAAGCCCUCACCAGUUUAUGAGACAGCAGAAUGCAAUGACUACAAGUUGGAUUGUGGGAAAUGAGACUGCACCCUCUGUUUAUAAAUGUAGCUGCUACAGUAGCUCAAAAUUAAAAUGCUCCUCAUGAGCAUAACUUCAGGUUUUAGCCAGGAAUGGGUGGUAAGACAAAGGAAAUCUGGUAGAAUUUGAGGAGAACUUUGUUUUAAAAGCAGCAGGAUAAAGACCUGAUGUUAUUAGCUGUAGAGGUGAAGAACCUGUUUAAAUUUCUGUGGCACACGUUUUAGAAAAUUAUGAAGAACUUACUCUUGGAAGUAUUAAAAAUCAUAUUGACUUAAUAAAUAGAAGUUCAGCUUUGGGCCUUCAGUUACAAACUGAGUCUUAAAAUCAAUCAGAAAACGAUUUAAAAUAUGCUAUGUUGAGGAAGUGCCUCACAAGUGUGUGCUUUCAAGUCCUCAGUCAGACUUUUUCGAAUACACAAAUUUUAGCUAACUAUGCUGGUUUCUUAGAUUAAUUUCCUGAGAUCUUGAAAUGUGUUUCAUGUAGUUUGGGGAACAUUACUUUUAGUCUUUGGACCAUGUGUGUGUUUCUCAGAGGUAGGCUUGUUUACUUGGAUUUCUGCCCUGUGCUGUGACAAGGCCAAAAAUCACGUAGUUGUGAUAGGCACAGGAAACCUGUUGAUCCAAAGUUGGGUUCUGUUUCUGUAAAAUUGCUUUCAUGCUCCUUUUCUCCCCUUACUCUCAGUACCAAAUUAAUCUGGAGAGACUUGAUGUUACUGUGCAAGGUAGCAUUCUGACAAUAUUUAAUGCUUGUAGCUGAGAGCUGCUGCUGAUAAGAAUGUUUAAACCACCCUCCAAUGAGAAUUUGAAGCAACACACAUCCUAAUAACUAAUUAGCUUUGCUGCUUAGCUUUUUGCACAAGCAACUGGUGGGUUUUUUUUCCUAUUAAAUCACACAGUUGAGUUUUAAACUUUCCUUCAGUAGUCUGACUCUAGUUUUGGUUUGGUUGUGUUUUAAAACAUUAGCCAGCUGAGUAUUUUGAGUGAAUAAAAACUGUACUUGAAGCUAUCUUGCUUGACAAAGCACUGGGUGAAGACUGUCAGGUACUCUGACUGACUAAAGAAGAUGAAAAGAUUUAGCCUCAGGCCCUAUUAUUGGGGAAAGCCCGUUAUCAAAUGAAAUUUUCGCAAGCCUGGCUGUUUUUCCUCAAGUAUUGUGAUGCACCCAUCAAGCUCCACACAGGGGUGCAUAUACCUAUUGUGGCCGUUCUGGUGUUCUGAGCGGGGCCACGCAGGGCUUGAGCGCUCUGACUUAACCAGGGUAAAUGAAAGCAUGUAUCAAUCUGCACAAGCUGCUGCUUCUUUUUGUUGGCUCUCUGUGAGAAAGUAAAUACGUGAAACAUUGUGUUAGGAAGGAAUAACAAGCGCUGUCUGACACUGAUGCAGGCCUGUGUAGCCACAUCUCUUGUCUGAAGUGACAGUGUUGACACUGUAAGCUUCUAAAUGUAGCAUUUCUGUUGUAGUUAUCUCUAUCUAGAUGCUAAGCAGGGUUUUAAAAGUCUUCAACAAACAUUCUUAACUCUGAAAGUGAAACACUGGGCAAAAGUUAAGUCUGUCCUGUUUUGUUUUCAGCUCCCCCUGUGCUGUUAGCCCAAAAACCUGGUUGUCAAAAUGCAGAGAAGUGCAGGGAAUAUUCAGGAUGUCAGCAGUCUUUCGGCCGCAGUCUCUAUGUCACAUAAUAUGGGCUUUCACAUUUCACUGUUCCACCACAGCACUUGAACACCCAGGAAAAGCCAGCUUGUUUAACACCGUGUCAGCAGAACACAUAGUUGUGGAAGUCUGAGCUUCUGCUGUGUUCUGGUGUGUCCAUAGUAUGUGUGUGCUUUAUUUAAAUGUGUUUAUGGAGAUUUCUGGAUGCUAAUGUUACUGUGUCAGAAUAAUUAAUUUUGUAACAGUUCUGGAAGAAUCAGAGACCACUGAUGAGUGAAAUGGUGCAAGCUGACUCCAGGGCUUGUAACUUGUAUGACUGGAAAACAAAGGUAUCUGUCCUUGAUAUGGAUAACAACAGGCUGGAAGGUGUUCCCUUUGAAGGUGAAGGCACUGAAAGAGAAGAUUGAAUCAGAAAGGGGGAAAGAUGCCUUUCCAGUAGCUGGCCAAAAACUAAUUUAUGCAGGUAAAAUCCUUAAUGAUGAAACUGCUCUUAAAGAAUACAAGAUAGAUGAGAAGAACUUUGUUGUGGUUAUGGUGACAAAACCCAAAGCAGCAGCUGGAGCGACUCAGCCGUCAAAUGCCACUUCCACUGUUGGCUCAACAACUGCAGCUCCCACAGCAGUUGCUGCACCAAUCCCUGUUCCUGCUCCUGUGCCAGCUCCUGUCCCUCCACCACCAGCACCAGAUGCAGUGGCUUGUGAACCUGCACCUGUGAGUGCCCCAAUAGAGGAGAAGCCAGAAGAAAAACCACCUGAGGCACCAGCUGCUAUCAGUCCAUCAUCAAUUGACAGUACAACAGGUGAUACAUCUCGAUCAAAUCUUUUUGAGGAUGCUAUAAGUGCACUUGUGACUGGUCAGUCCUAUGAGAACAUGGUGACUGAGAUCAUGUCCAUGGGCUACGAGCGGGAGCAGGUGAUUGCAGCACUGAGGGCCAGCUUCAACAAUCCUGACAGAGCGGUGGAAUACCUUCUGAUGGGUAUACCUGGAGAUAAUCAGGCUGUGGCUGACCCCCCUCAACCACCAAGCACUGGUGCAUCUCAGUCUUCAGCAGUGGCAGCAGCAGUAGCAACUAUACCCACGACUACUAGCUCACUAGGAGGACAUCCACUUGAGUUUUUACGAAAUCAGCCUCAGUUCCAGCAGAUGAGACAAAUUAUCCAGCAAAAUCCUUCUCUGUUGCCAGCAUUGCUACAGCAGAUUGGACGGGAAAACCCCCAACUACUGCAGCAAAUAAGCCAGCACCAGGAACAUUUUAUUCAUAUGUUGAACGAGCCAGUUCUAGAGUCUCGCCAAGGUUUAAGUGGCAGUGAUGAUGGUGCCAGCACUGGAGGAAUAGGAGAUGCUGGGAAUGCUCAUAUGAACUACAUUCAAGUAACACCUCAGGAAAAAGAAGCUAUAGAAAGGUUAAAGGCAUUAGGAUUUCCUGAAGGACUUGUGAUACAGGCAUAUUUCGCUUGUGAGAAGAAUGAAAACCUGGCUGCCAACUUUCUUCUACAGCAGAACUUCGACGAAGACUGAGAGAAUUUUCUUUUCUAUUUCACACCUCACACCAGUGCAUUACACUAACUCUGUUCACUGGAUUGUCUAGGAUAUUUGGGCUUAUAUUCAUUAUGCUUGGUGUAUGGCAAAUUAGGGGGUGGGUGGAAGGGAGAACAUAGGAAACAAAGCAAAGAAAGCAACCAGUUUUAAAUGUCUGUUUCUAAAUUAGCAGAAAAUCGCACAGUGUAAAAAAAAAAACCAACCAUAUAUAUAUAUACAACCAAAAAAUCAGCUUCUGCAGAUAAUUAGUUCCUUCUAUAACCUGUAGGUUAACUUUUUCUAGGUUUAAACUCUUAUUGUACUAGUUCCAGAAACGUAGUGUAAUGCACUGUUUCAUGUUCCUUUCCACUUAGUAUUGACAAUGGAAGUAGCCUGUGCUACGUAGAUUCUACAGUCUGUAUUUCAUGGCAACACUGGAUAGCAGCUUUGUGAAAUCUAAAAAAUCUGAGCAAAUGUAAUCCUGAAUGCCAGAAUAGGGGGAUUCAGGUUUUUUUCUUCAGCUGUGUUAAAGUAGUGCAAGAAACACACUAUUUUUGUCUAAUGCUGAAUUAGAACAGUGUUGGCUUUUUACUUUUUUUCCAAGGAAAACCCACUGCAGUUAAAAGUGUCCUGAUUAUUGAAAAACACCACCCCCUUCUUUGUCCCCCUGAAAUGAUCUGAGAAACUAUAUACAUACAGAAAAAAAAUUAUUAUCCUGUUUACAUAUUUUUUCUUUGGGAAAAAAAAAAAUUAUAGAUAUCUAAUUACUGUUCUCUUAAUGUUAUCUUGCAGUAAAAGUUUUAAAAGCAAUAGAUUGCAUGUUUGGUUUUGUUAUAUGCACUCUAGUGAAUUGAAUAUUCUUUUUCUGCCAGCAAACAAAAUGCAAGCUUCAUUUUUGUCUGCUGCAAUGAGACUUUAUCAAAUCAAAUUUCACCUUCCCAACUUUGUUGAACCAGCUUUUGUAGUACAGCUCUAAGUGUUCUGUUGCUCUUGAGUAGAUUGCAGUGUUCAAGCUAUUUCUGUUAAGUAAGGACUUUUGGGGAUUUAUUCACUUUAUAAGGAAGAGAAGUUCAAAACUUGAGAUAUCAAGGAAACUAUCAGUUUAUUCCAAUGUAAAAAAAAAAAUAAUUGACACUCGAAAUUUUCUAUGGAAAAUAAACUCUGGUUACAGAGUUUUGAAUCUUACUUCUUUGUUUCUACUUACCAUUUAUUUUGUUUAGUCAUCAUAAAAUGUUAACAAUGUUGUUUUUUUUUUAAAUACAUGUUUAUUUUUAGAGGUAAUUUUGCCCAUCAUUGCAAUACUAGGAAUAAAAACAAAUGUAAAUUUAAUCUAAAGCUGUUCUGUGCAACGUUACCUGAACACAACAUGGGGAUAGUUUGAUUUUUCUACUGUUGUAGUCCAAUUACCUGGAUUACAAAUUUACCUCUACAGUAACCAGGAAAAAAUAUUAUUAGUGGUACAGCCCUGAAAUCCUGUACAACUAAUGAUAUUAAUGAUUUUAGUGAUUUAGUGGUACAACUAAAAAAUUAUUUUCUGCUGAGUUUGUCUAUCAGUGGAUUAACUACUUAAUUACUACUUAAGCUCAAAGUACAAGUCAAGUGUCUUGAAAAAAAGAGCUAAAAAGACUGAAACGUUUGUAUUUUGUUUCUUCAUUGAUUGGCCAUAGUCUGUAAAAAUAUUAUCUGCACAAAACAAAUGCAUUAAAGCCUUCUACUUAUUUUCUUUUUUUUUCUAUUCUUAUACAUCUGUGAUAUUUUUCCAGAUAGUGUGUAUUUUAAUUAUUCAGAUUUUAUUCUUUUGAAAUUUCUUAGGUGUAUAUUGUCUAAGUGAUCAGUAGCACAACCCAAAUCUAUCAGUAGGAGAUGUGAUACUGCUAAAUAGGAAAUAAGUCUUUCAUAAUGUUUUCAUUAGAGAAGUUAACAUUAAUACCUGAAUCAGCUAGUGGACUUCAUCUAAAUAGGAUUCUCAGUUUAUCUGUGAACUGGGAGAGAUGGAUUUUGAUUUAACACUGCCCACUGAAAGGGGCUGUUUGUUAUCUGUAAAAGGACCAGCUGUCAGGUACUUGAAAAACACCAAAUUGCUACAAGGACUUCUUGAAUGUACUUUUACUACAUAGCUAAUACCUAACUAAGACAAAAGCUUUUAGUUUGUGGGAGUCUUCUGUACUGAUCAAACUGCUAUGAGAAAUAACCAUUCCUUCUCUAGGAGGGUGGAGAGUAAAGCAAGAAUGUCUGGGUGUUUCAGUCCACUCCCUCCAAUUUUGAUUUUGAAAUGUUUACUUAUUAUAAAUGUAUUUGAAUUAAAGUCUGUUGAGCUUGUUCUUUGUAAAAAAAAAAAACAACAACAAAACAAAACAAAAGCCAAAAAAAAAAAAAAAAAGCUAGUAGCUUUGUUCAUUUGUAACUUUGUAUGCUGAGUGACUGAGGGAUUUAUGGCUGCUGUGUUUGAAGCCUUACUAGUCAUGCUGUUCCCGUUUUUUCCAGCAGUGAAACAGUGUUUUUGUGACUUCUGAUGAACAACAGGUGUCUGACCUUACAUGCUAGCAAAAACUGUUACCUGUCCAAUAGCGGGAUACUUGCCAGGGAGAAUCGUGUCUCUCUUUGUAGUAGCUGCCAAAAGGGAAGAAUACAUGGAAUUCAUGUGGUGUUGAGGAGGUGUGACCUGAGCAAGCUGCCUAGGUGUGUUGUGCCUCGUUUUCUACCAAGUACUACCGGGAGUUGUCUGCACAGAGUGCUCCUCAGCUUCUCUGCUGCAGAUCUCUUAGGGAUUUGGGGAUCAGUUUCCUCAGGGCUUUCUGAACAGUAGCUGAGAAAAUAAAGUAUUUCUUCCUAAGUUUUGGUACUGUAGUCCUUACCUUUGUUGUAAAACUUCUGAAUAUCUGCUUAGACAAAAGCUAUUUAUGAUGCACUUUUAAUUGGGAUUAAAAAGUUACUCUGAAGUCAUAUUAA